AUGACGCUUGUGCUUAAGCGUAUUGACGGUUUUGACUUCUCAGCAGCGGACUACAAAGCAGCACAGACCAUGACGAACCGCGAUACCAAUAGCCAGGGCUUCUUGGAGAAAGAGUUCGCUCAACAUCUAGAACAGGACGAACUUGGUGGUACGGCGAAAAUCUCUGAGAACGUUGCGGCCUCCCUCUGCUCGGCUCCACCUGGUGAGUACACAAAUGAG